AUGGAGGGGAUACACCAUAGCCACGGGGAAGGCCACCCGAACCAGCCUACGGCCUUUCCCGGCUUCGAUCCAGACUCCCAAAUGAUGUCCGACGACUUCUCAUUUGACUCUCCCUUUAGUCCCGGCUCCUCGAACGCCAACGAUGGCGUCCUCGGAAACCCCAUCUUUCCCGAGUGGACGCACGGGGCACCGCGUGGCGAUAGCCCCGAUGAAAUGCAAAGGAAGGAUCCGUUGGCCGCCCAGAUUUGGAAACUCUACACCAGGACGAAAUCCCAACUUCCCAACCAGGAGCGCAUGGAGAACUUGACAUGGAGGAUGAUGGCAAUGAAUUUGAAGCGCAAGGAAAGGGAGCAGCAAGAGCGAGAGCAACAGGCUCGCACCUCGGAAACGCUGAGCCCGACAUCAAACAGCAUUGCACACAUGCAACUGUCUGACCAGGUCUCGUCCUCUGAACAGUCGCACGACAUGCACAUGGAUGCGACUCCAGAUCCCAUGAAUCUGGAUGACUUCAUCAUUCCUUUCGACUCUCCCGCUGAACACACUCACAUUCCCGCCGAUCGCCACUUCGCAGCAUCGUCGACAGGAUCGAUCCCCAUCAAAUCGCGUAAGGAUCAAGCGAUGGUGGAUCACCAGUCUGCCGCUGCCUCGUUCCCACACCCACCUCACGAUCCAAACUCCGAGUUUGGAUAUGUCCCUCGCCGGGUUCGCAAAACGAGCGUGGACGAGCGACAGUUCUUUGCUGGUUUAAGUGCACCAACCCGCAAGCGACCUGCCGAGGCCUCACCUCACGUUCCCCCGGUAUCCAACGCUAUGAUCUCGCAGCACUCGGAACUCUCAGCGGCGCUGCCCGACUACUCGCUGGACCAUCCCCCUUCCACCUUUUCUCUCACGGGCAACGGCACGGUGGGCCCGCGCCGGCCCCAGCACUCUCACACCCACUCAGGAGUCUCUGGAGUUCCCUACGGGCUAGACACCUUUGGAAUCGGGGAAGACCACGGCAUUCACUCAGCGGGGCCUUAUCAGCAGAACUUCCAUUUCUCGCCUUCGGAUUCCCCAAUGACUGCGGGAAACCCGUUCUCGAACUUGUAUUCCCACACCCCGCUCGCCUCAUCGCUCAACUCAACCGAGUUCUUCUCUCCUCCGCCUUCUGGCUACCAGUCCACUGUCUCAACCCCGCAACCGAUUUACGAGGGAGAGCAGUCAAUGUUCUUCAACGAUACUCCAUCUGAAUCCCUUUCCCAACGUCGCAUUCCGAACUAUAUUCAGCAGCGCCAGUCUAACCUGUCGGCUUCUUUGCACAAUCGCUAUAUGUACAACGUCUCCAACGGCGAGUCUCAAUCAGGGACCUCAGCCACAGGGACUCCCGCCACUCACGUUUCUGGAUUUACAGUACCGCAGCACCAGCAUGUCAACCCAUCCCAAGUACUUGGGUCUGGCGAGUUCUCCACAACAGCACCCGCUAGUAGCAUGUUUACUUUCGGCGGAGAUUCUGACAACGAGGACGAUGAUGGCAACUUUGAACGCGGCGGUAUCACCAUGCCGAACGACUUUACUUCUCUAGACGAGUCCAAUGACAUGGGCGCUCCCCUCCAUUGGGAUGGAGGCUUUGCUGGCUCGGUUCAGUCGCUUCCAGGCUUUGGUGCUCACCACCGCAAGCAUGUCACGAUUGGAUCCACAGACAUGAUCGACGGACCUUCCGAAUGGAACCAGGGAGGCACUCUUGGCCGUGCACAUGGAUCCGCUGCUUCUGUGAGCGAAGUGCGCAACCGCGAACAGGAUCCGCGUCGUUUUGGAAAGGUUCCGCGUACUUCGUCGACUCCUAACGCCGCUGCGCUGCUUCGCCAGAAUUUGAACGGCUCUGCCAGCGUUCCUCCGACCACCCACCCAUCUCCCAGCACACCCCCUGAGUCUGGUCUGAGCAGCGCUGUGCCCUCGCGCCCAGGUAGCCCAGGUGGUUCGAAGAACGGUGAUCCGAACGCGGGACCAACUACAUGCACGAACUGUUUCACUCAGACUACUCCUCUCUGGAGACGCAACCCCGAGGGUCAGCCCUUGUGCAACGCCUGUGGUCUAUUCUUGAAGCUUCAUGGUGUCGUACGACCGCUGUCACUGAAGACCGAUGUCAUUAAAAAGAGAAACCGCAGCAGUGCUAACACACUUGCUGUGGGCGCUUCUCGGUCGUCCAAGAAGACCUCUCGCAAAAACUCUAUCCAGCACGCUCCAUCCAACUCCAUCGGAUCGCGCAUCAACACCUCGGAGUCGCCACCCUCCAUCACCGGUUCCAGCGCCAUGGGGAAACCCGGCGUUGUGCCAAUCGCUGCCGCCCCGCCCAAAUCUGGCCCGCCUGCUGGUGUAGCCCAGGCCCGUGCUGGAGUGCAAGUGGCACCCAGACGGCAGCGCCGGCUUGAAAAGGCGCCAACUGGCUCAGAACCCGAUGCAGAGGAGAGCCCCAAGUCCAAUGCCCCCGCCAGUCGCUCCAAGGUUGUACCUUUGGCUCCGGCAAUGGCGCCUCCUGCUGCCGCCAACCCAGCCAACCACAGCAUUGCUGGUGGGCAAGGUGCGAGCCAGGAGUGGGAGUGGCUAACCAUGAGUUUAUAA